GGUAUGGUGGUAUCAAUGUCCUUAUCCAGAGCAUUUGCAAGAAUAUCUCAGAACUAAGAAGUUUUUCACAUUAAUUUUUAGAUUAUAAUCCAUUUUUUAACUAAGCCAAAACAGGUGACAAUGGGGGAAAAUAAAGAACCAGUCAACCCGGGCAGUGCAACUGAUACUAGUAUAAAUGAAGAAAAAAAGAAUAUAGGAGAGUCAGACGAGAGGCAACUGGCUGUUAAGCUGCGUCGUGUGGAGUGUGUCGGACCUUGGUUCCUUCGAUAUAUCCGUGAAAAAGAUGCGGAACAUCACCAUUGUGAAUCGCAAGAGGCAGAUGAAGAGGAGUAUGAAAUUGAAAAUGAUGAUACAUACUUGAAGAGCCUUGAUCCAAAAUUGUGGAAAAAUCAAGACCACUACGCAGUGUUGGGCUUAGCAAAGAUAAGACACCGUGCACCUGACGCUCUCAUUAGAAAGGCUUACAAACAAAAAGUGUUGCUGCACCACCCUGAUAAAAGAGCAAAUGCAGGAAAGAUAGAUAUUAAUAAUGAUUACUUUACUUGUAUCACAAAGGCUUGGGAAAUUCUUGGGUCAAAAGACAAGAGAAGAGCUUUUGAUUCGGUUGAUCCUGAAUUUGACAAUACAAUACCUUAUGAUAAUGAACAUGUAAGAAAACAUUUCUUUGAGGAAUUUGGUCCAAUCUUUGAGCGAAAUGCUAGAUGGAGUGAUAAAAAGAAUGUACCUAGACUGGGAGGUCCUGAUGCCACUAAAGAUGAAGUUGAGAGAUUUUACAACUUCUGGUUUAAUUUUGAAUCAUGGAGAGAGUUUUCUUAUUGGGAUUCAGAGGCCAAAGAAUCCGGUCAAGAUCGUGAUGAAAGAAAAUGGAUAGAAAAACAAAAUAAAGUUGACAGAGCAAAAAAGAAAAAGGAUGAAAUGGCUAGAAUAAGAAGAUUAAUCGACUUGGCCUACAAUCUAGAUCCACGAAUUGUGCAGUUUAGGAAUGAAGAAAAAGAACGAAAAUUGGCUAUGAAGAAAGCAAAACAAGAUGCUGCUAGAGAAAGAGCUGAAGAGUUGAAGCGAAUUGAAAGAGAAGCUGAGGAGAAAGCGAGACGGGAAAAAGAGGAAGAAGAAGCCAAGGAAAAAGCAAAAGCUGAAGCAUUAAAAGCAGAACGGGAAGCUGAAAAACGUAUUGUGAAAAAAGAGAGGAAAAAGAUUAGAGAUAUAUGCAAGGCCAAUAAUUAUUUUAUAUCGAAUGAUAAUGAAUUAGUACAAAAUAUGACAGCAAUAGAAAAAGCACUUACUGUUUACAGUAAGACAGAAUUGAUAGAGCUAACCAAAACUUUAGAAACCAAGGGUAAGGAUGGAUUUAUGGAGAUGAUGGCUUCAGUUGAAAAACAGUCUGAACAAGAGAGAAAACAAGAUGAAAGUCUUAUCAAUAAACAUAAUACAUCUCAAUCAAAUGACUCCAAGGGCACAGCUUGUUGGUCUAAGGAAGAUGUUCAAAUUCUCAUUAGAGCUGUUAACCUCUUUCCAGCUGGCACAGUACAGCGAUGGGAAGCCGUUACAAACUUCAUAAAUCAGCAUUAUAAUGGACUGCCUGGAGUAAAAGUAGUCAGAAACAAAAAGGAGGUUUUAUCAAAGGUCAAGGAGUUGCAAAAUACCUCUGGAGAUCAGUUGAAAGAAACCAUCAAUAAAAAUGCUUAUGAAAGUUUUGAAAAGGAGAAGAAGGCUUCGUUGGCUGUUGCAUCAGAAGCAUCUGAACGUGUUGACGCCGUAGCAGCAGCUACAAGUACAACACCGUGGACCUCGGAGGAGCAGAAACUUUUAGAGCAAGCCUUGAAGAGCUAUCCCAACGGGACACCAGAACGAUGGGACAGAAUUUCUGAGUGUGUCAAGUCUAGGAGUAAGAAAGAGUGUAUGCUCCGUUGCAAAGAACUGGCUGAAAUAGUAAAAGCGAAAAAAGCUGCCCAAGCAACAAAAAGUGCUACUGGUAAAUAACAAAGUACGUUUUUAUAGUAAUAAAUUCAUUUUUGUGCUUUACUGAUACGAUACGGUUUUAACUUCAUAAAAUGGUUUUGUGCUCUGGAAUGUAAAAAUUAAAGUCAAAGCAAAAAUAUAAUUUAGAUUUACAUUGCUCAUGUGGAUUCCAGCUAUAGGUCUCCCAAUUUAACUAUAUGCCAUUUGACGUUUGAGAUAGUAUUUUUUUCAGUUAGAAGCCUAAUUUGUUGUUGUUAAGGUUGGUAACUUUUUCAGUUCGUAAUAGUACCUACAUUUUUAAAGAUUAAUGGCCAUUUUAUUGGUUUUAUAAGCCAUUAGGUCCUAUAGUCUUAACUGCUUAAGUUUUUAAUAGGAUUGUUAAAUUUUAUUUGUUUUAAUAGGCCUAAGUUGAAAGAUUUUAAAGUUUUUUUAUAAUACACUACCGGUAUUUAAAAAGUGAAUAACUGAAUUUUUUGUGUUUUAGAGAAAAUCAUGUGCGUUUUUGCAAUGUUUAAUGAAGACUAUUAAGAUAUAUUACACUCAUUUCCUUACAAUCUUGUUAUGAUGAAAUCUUUAAAAUCGUCAGUCCACAACUAAAUGUAUUUAAAUCAUUUUUUUGAUGUCCUAAAAUAUUGAAACAACAGUGUAACUUAAAUAUUAAACCUUUACGCACCAGUCCAUUGUCACCCUACUUCAGAGUACAUGUAUAUCUGUUGGUAUUAAGUUUUAAGUAUUAAGAUCUGCUGCACCCUGCAACUAACCCUUUUGUUGUUUAAAAUAUAUUUUGAAAUGUUGCUGACUGUUAACACUAAAAUAAUUUUCAAAAAGUGGCUGUUAACCAGUUUGUACAAUAUUUUUUUAAAGUCUUUAAACAACCAAACCAUGGUUACCUAGAAUACUGUACUAAUAUCACACUACAAGCAUAAUUUACUGAAUGAGACUAAUACAGCCCCUGAUCAGAAGCUCAAAGUAGAUUUCACAUCCUGUUGCAAACCCUGAAGCCUGUUUUCCCCCAAUUUCCCACGGAACAAGCUAUUACGUAGGUCUCAGGGCAAGACGUGGAUCCAAGCCCGCUUUUGUAAACGGGCCCAGGCUCAGGAGCGCAAGCAACAGAACAUACUUUGAAAAUAUUUUAAGUCGUGCGAGAAUAGAAUGCUCUCCGCGGUUCUCGCUCAUCACUCAUCACUCCCACUGCUUGUAUGUUACUACUUGUUCAUCGACUUAUCUUUAUUUGUAAUUUGUAAUGUAAUUCUUUCACUACUUACUAAUUACAGUUCCUUUUGUUCAAUUAAAUUUUUAUUUUAUGAAUCCUAUCAAAGAAAAAUGAGGGGGCGAAACUACCUCUCGAGCCCAUAGCACGUCACAUGCUAACUGCUGGCCUGCCUGGAUACGGUAUUGUUUUAAUGUCCACAGAUGCCAAAAACACUAUCCAUUUAAACUCAUGUAAUAUGUAGGCAUAUAUAAAAAAAAUGUGUCCAUUGAUAAAUCAAGUAAAAAGGAUCUCAUUUCGAUGAUAUUCGGUACUAACAAGUAAACCUACAUUUAUUCAAACAAGUUCGCGAACCAGCAUGAUUGGACUAUGGAAACUGGGUUUUAUGUGGUAGAAAUUUGUUUUAUCCCAGUUUUGACCCUAAAAACAUAAAAUUUACCAAUUUCUUGCUAAACAAUUUUAUUUAGCUUAAAUAAAUAGGCCUAAUUAAAUUGUAUGAAGAAAACUCAAGAAAUUAUAAAUUUCAAUUCUGAUGUUAGCCUGUUCUUAUUGGGAAUAAGUAAACUGUUGGCUUGUUUACGGAUAUAUUUUGACCGAACUUGGCAAAUUUGUAUAUUUUAUACUGAGCUAACAACAUAAAAAUAAAAUAAUAAAAAAAUACACUUUAUAACCAUCCAUGUAGCAGCAAACCUAAGUAUUUGUUAAAACUAAAUAUUUAAGUGAAAAUCCAAUGAGUUAAAUGGAAAUUUGCUUGGUCUGUAGGUUUGCUGGACAGGGUUAUUAUAUGUUUUUUAUGUCCGGUUUGUUUUGUGUGCAUUGUGUCAAGAACAGUUCUUCUACUUUAGAUUAAUUUUUUUCUGCUUUUGUUGAUAAUUAAUAAUAACCUGGAGAAAACUGAUGUACAUAUAACUUAGAUUGACUUAUUUGAUCAUUAUAGAAAUUGAUCGAGUCUUUAGCUUAGUCGGUAGCAUGACAAAGUUAUGGUAGUGAUGUUAUGGGUGAUUGUGUCUCGUGUCUCUCUUGCACUGUACAGGCUCAGCCUUUGCUUUUCUUGAUAACUUUGACUAAGAACAAGAACCAAACAUUCCUUCUCCUUGUUAAAGUCGUAUCUAGUUUUUAAAUAAAAAUGGAUGUAGGCCUAGAUGGAUAGAGCCAUGUUGGAAGGAAAAACAUAGGUGUAAUGCUCCCGUCAUAGGUUGACGUCACACAGAUUGCAAACAGAAAAUGGCCUGAUUCUAACUAACAUAUAAGUAUAUGGUAUAUGUUUUGAUUUGAUUGUUAUUGUUUUUAUAAAUUGUUUCUAAAUAGCGAGAUGGUGUUUGCAAUCUGGGUGACGUCAGCAUAUGACGGGAAUAUCACACCUAUGUUUUUUCCUUCCACUAUGGGCUACAGCGGGUCCGUAUGGGAUGUCUAGUUUACUUCUGUAUCUAAAAAAAGAAAAAGGAGCCUACUGUACUUAAAAUAAUAAUGUAGUUUGUUGCCCCAAAUAUCACAAUCUAAGUACUGUAGACUAAAUUUCAACAGCUGUGUGUUGCCCCAUUGUGCAUAGUGCAGCAUUAUGGUGAGGGACAUGUGCAUGGCUCCAUGUGUAUAGUGCAGCAUUAUGGUUAGGGACAUGUGCAUUGCUAUGUCCCUUACCAAUGUUUGUUAAUCUAUGUAUUGAUCUUUCCCCUAUCUUUUGAUAGGCACUUCCAUCUGCUAUACAUACACUAGGUAUCCAUGGUUCAGAUAUUGUGUUACUGUUUUCAUGAGUUGUGAUUAUGUUAUUGUUUGUUUUAAUGUGAUAUAGGUUAAUAGAGAAUGAGGAGGAAUGUGGCAUAGACAACCAACAUUGAAAUAUAAAAAAAUAUUUUUGUAACACUUGCAAUAUAUGUAAUGUAAAUAACUCAUGACAUUUGUUUGUAUCAAUUGAAAAUAAAAUUUUAAACCAA